AUGUUGGAUGUGGCAUCCCCGGCCCGAUGGUUUGUUAUCGGGCAACGGACAGAAGAAAGAAAAAGCCAAACGCAGUUGACGACCACAGCUGUGCUCCUCUCUCGCUCGUGUCCACUCCGACAUCGUUCCUUUCGCCGCCCGUCUACCCUCCUCAUCUCUCGGCCUCCUUGCUCGAUUUCUUCCCCACAUAAGAGAGAAAAAGCUAAACGCAGUAGACGAACACCACUGUGCUCCCCUGUCGUUCGUGUCCACUUCGUUGCCUUUCCUUUCGCUGCCUGUCGCCGCUUAUCGCCGCCCGUCGCUGUUCCCGUCACCUGUUGCCUUUCCUUUCGCUACCCUCCUCAUCUCUCGGCCUCCUUGCUCGAUUUCUUCCCCAAAAAGCGUUUAGAUGUAAUCACUAUGAGACGAUUAUACCCCUCAUUUGAGAAAUUAAAGUUAUUUGAAGCACUCUUUGUAGUUCAUAGAAAUUCAGCAAUCUUUGUAGUUCAUAGAAAUUCUGUUUCAACAAAGUAUGAUGAUGAAUGGAAAUACAUAGAAGAAGGGCCUCCUGAAAUCAUAUGGAAAGGAAACGAAAUAAUAGUGAAUAAGAACAAAGUCAAGGUGAAAAAGAAAGAGGCUAAUCAAUCUACCCAAAAAGAGGAUCCCGAUAGACCUACAUCAAAUCCACUUCCUCCACAAUCUGAAGCUUAUGCUGCUUUUAAGAAUGCACCCAUCGCUUCGACAGAGUUGUUGGACAUUGUUUCACAACAAGUCCCAAACUUUGGAACAGAAAAGGAUAAAGCUCAUUGCCCUUUUUAUAUUAAAACUGGAGCAUGUAGAUUUGGUAUGCGUUGCAACAGGUUCAUUAGUACCCUGAUAAAUCUACCACAUUGCUUAUCAAGAACAUGUACAAUGGACCUGGCCAUGCUUAGGAACAAGAUGAGGGACUUGAGGUCUGUUGUUGGGUUCAGCCUGUGAUUAUGUGGUGUAGAAAUCCUCUAAAAAAAGUAUUGGACAAGUCAUCAUAAACGACAACAUGGGUUCAAGAUUUGGCGACGAUGCACCAAGUCAUUCAUAAAAAAAUGACAUACAAUAAGGAUGGAACAAGAUUUAAAACUGUAAAAUGUCUUUUCUAUCCUUUUUAUCUGUUAAAUCUAUUAG